AUGGACUUUGUCGAUAUCCCUCUGUUUCCCAAGUCAGAUGACGAUGAUUCGUUUCGGACGAGGAGGGAUCCCAAUCAGGCAUUCGAUACCGAGAAUCCCACAACCAUGAUAACCAGAGGAAAUCAUGGAGGAGUUGUGAGGACCAGAGCUGUGCUGACCAAAGUGCAUGCUGGGACCAUCACGAAAGGCGGGCCACGCGGAACAUUGUUGGUGUUUGAGUUUCGCUUCCAGUCCCCAAACAAGCGUCGAUUUACAAAUGCAAAGCUCAUUGUCGAGUUCGAGGACAGCAGUGGGCGCAACGACUACACCUUGGACCCAGUGGUGUGCAAGAUUGUGCCGAAUGGCUCCUUUGCGCUGAACAGGGCUGAAAGCAAAUCUGACAUCAGCAAGAAGUUCACUGGCUCUCUAGGAAGCGGCCUGGACGGAAUUGUUGAAGCAAGUCUGGGGUUCGAGUGGGAGGUGUCAAGGGAAAUUACCAAGGAACAUUACACCAGCCUGACGGGAAUUCCAAGCAACGAACGCGAGGACGAAUAUGGGGAAGAUAACUCGGCCAUUUGGGAGCUGGAUGAGGACGAGGAGCUUGCCAAGAAAGCUGGGAUCCCCAGGUACCUCAGGACAGCGGUGCUCCUUCGACACCCUCACAACAGAUCUUUUCUCGUCAAGCUGAGCGUGGAAACCAAGGUCGAUUUCGGAACCGACAUUCGGACCUUCUUCGGGAUGGGACAGACGGAAGCUGUUGACCCAGUCAACAUUGAUCCUGCCAAACUCGAACAGACAGUGGAGGAACUGGAAAACAUGGCUGAGCUGAAGAGUGUCGAUGUUGCAUUUGCGACGCCACUUAAGACAAAUAAUUGA